UGAUCUUCAUUCGAUUUGCAACCUCGGACAUGUACAAAGUUUUUUAAAACCGUUGGUCAUCUGUUGUUCAGUUUGUACAUCCACGAUUGUGAUAAUGAACUCUAAAGUGAUCUGUGCUGUGCUUGCACUUGGCCUUGUGGCCUUGGCCCAGGCUGGACCAGUGGUUGACAAUAACAAAGGCCACGUGGAUAACUUAGUCAACACCAACGAAUACAGUACUGUAGAGGCAUCCCUACUGAAAAAACUGAACACAAAAUGCUCCACCAGAGACAUCAGCGCGUGCAUGAUGCUCAAACUAGUCACCUAUUUCAAUAAGAUGCUGAAAAAAUCAUCAAUUGAAUAUGGUGACGUAGAAAUCACCCAAACAUCAACAGAAAAAAUUCCAGAAGACACUUCAAGGAGUCUGAACGAUGUUGAUAACAUGUCUGAAGAAGAACAAAUCAGUGAAGUCAUCACAGACAAACUGUCCAGUUUCAUCAGGACCAGGUCUUUGAAAUGGAAGGCUUUCGAUGGAACUGACGUUGUUGUCACUGGAAACACCGACAAAGAUGGCGCUAUGACUCUAGGUUUCUCCCUGAAACCAGAUGAAACUUCAGGCAAUGGCGAUGCUAGGAAGAAGAAGAACAAUGGAAUGGGAAUGAUGAUUGCAGCUGCUGCCAUGAAAAUUGGUCUGCUCAAGGCUUUGGCCUUCAAGGCUCUGGUAUUACUCGUAGGAAAGGCUCUGUUGGUCAGCAAGCUCGCCCUGGUGUUAGCUGUCGUAAUAGGCUUGAAGAAACUGUUCAGUCAGGAAAAACACGUUACUUACGAAGUUGUUGCUCAUCCACACCAUGAACAUGCCUCAGUCAGCAGUGGAGGUGGCCACGAUUCUUAUGGAGGUGGUGGUGGAUGGGGCAGGACCUUCGAUGCCCAAAGUGCCCAAAACUUGGCAUACAAGGCUCACGUACCAACGAACUAAAUGAGAGAAAAGAUUUUAUAAGCCAUAUUGGUGGAUAUUAUUUAUUUUGUAUUUAUUUAAUUUAUGUAAAUUUCUGAAUUCUAUGCCGUUCAAUAAAUCUAGUUUUGUAAA